UCGCUUUUUUGGUGUUUUCCGGGUUAAUUAUCCACCCCCGAGCGAAUGGCGUUUCUUCAUGAAAUUUUGUCUCAAUCUACUAUCGAGGUGGUUGAAAAAUUAUCUUAUUCGAGGCUUGAAUGAAGCCCUCUGAUAAAACAGCUGUGGAAAUGUAAACAUGCCGCCGCGGACCGAAUGCUGGUGAUACUACGAGGAAAAAAGACCUCAAUUCCUUCGAAAUGCAAACUCGGCUAAGCGAUGGUUAAGUACACGCAAGUGGUUCUCCUGCGACUCUUCGGUAUCUGCUUGUUCGGCUUUAUCGUGGUAUUCCUGCUCAGCGGCGGACUUCCGACAGGUUUGGAAACCUGCCGGUGUGAAGAGCACGAUCAUGAGCGGUUUCACAAGACCUUCCGGCUUGAGCAGUACGAUCAGAAUAGGAAGAAGCUAGCGAUAGUGGUUCCGUUCCGCGAUCGGUUCGAUGAGCUGCUCCAGUUUGCUCCCCACAUGGCGGCGUUUCUGGACAAGCAAGGCGUGCCGUUUCACAUAUUUGUGGUGAACCAAAAUGAUCGUUAUCGAUUCAAUCGUGCAUCGCUGAUCAAUGCAGGUUUCCUGGAGGCCCGGGAUCGUUUCGACUACUUCGCUAUGCACGACGUUGAUCUGCUGCCACUGAACGACAACCUGCGCUACGAGUAUCCCGAGGAAGGUCCUCUACACAUAUCGGGCCCCGAAUAUCACCCCAAGUACCACUAUUCGAACUUUAUCGGUGGUAUACUACUGCUUAAGAUGGAGCACUUUGUUCAGCUGAACGGCAUGUCGAACCGUUACUGGGGCUGGGGGCUGGAGGACGAUGAGUUUUUCGUGCGCAUCAAAGAGGCCGGUCUUGAGGUGUAUCGGUCGAGAAACAUAACGACGGGAACGAACAACACGUUCCUGCAUGUGCACGAUCGGUUGCAUCGGAAGCGAGACACGACGAAAUGCUUUAACCAGCGUGAGAGUACACGGAGACGGGAUCGCAAAACGGGACUGAACACGCUGAAAUACUCAAUCGCCAGUCGUCGCGAGCUUACCAUCGAUGGUGUUCCCGUGAGUGUUCUAAAUGUGGAUCUAGUUUGCGACAAAGCUGAAACGCCCUGGUGCGAUUGUCCAUCGACGACGGAAGCACCCACUCAAAGGAUAAAGAAAAAGGGCGAUAGCGUGCAGUGAAAUCGAAUUU